AUGCGCUCUCACCACGCCUCUUACUACCUGUCUGAAGCGCAAUCAGAGGCAUUGGAUGAAGAUGCUUUGCCCGUAUUGGACGUCUUGGUUGACCCUUUGAACGGCAUGCGCGCUCAGUUUCAGCACUACGUCAAGAACGAAGCCAGCCAAGUCUUUGACCCGAUGAUUUCCGUAUUCCUCUAUCUGUACAAAGCUACAUCAACCCAUUUUUUUCAUGAGGACACCAGCACUCGUUCAGGGUUACCGGGCGAUUGGCAAGAGUACCUGAUGCAGCAAUGGACGCGAUCCAAAGAGGAAAUGGAAGCGUUCCUACCCGAGGUUUUCAUCGGCAGACUGAUCUAUGCCGUAAUUGUUUGCCACCCAAAGAUGACCACAUGGAUACCAUAUUUGAGGAGUUCAAGCAAAGUCGUGAAUGGCGUCGAAUGUGCGAGCUGCAGUUACCAUGUGGAUCAAGAAGAAGCUGAGGUUGGCGCAGCGACGAGAGCUUCUGCAUUGGACAUCGUCGCCGAUAACGUUGCUUCUGCAGCUCCCAUGCUUCCUGGUGCGAUCCGAAUGAAAUUAAUACUAGCUUACCUGCUGCUGCUACCACGCGCAAGCGAGGCGCCAUUUAUCGAUGCAGUAGCACAAGCAGCAAUGCGAAAGAUGCGCAAGUGA